UAAUGUUAGAAAUUGAACGCGAAAAGGCAGGAAUUGAACGGGAAAAGGCAGGAACUGAACGGGGAAAGGUAGAAAUUGAACUGGGAAAGGUGGGAAUUGAACUGGAAAAACAAAAAAGAAAAAGGAUAGAAGUAGAAAUCCUACCAAAUAAAUGCUUUAUCACAACACAAGGGAUUCAAACUUAUGAACGUGUUGGUGAGGACAUGUGGUGUGAGGCUAGUGUAAGACCCAUUAAUGAACUACUUGAUAAUAUACCAAGGUUUACAAAUGAAGAUAUCCAAUUACUUUAUAAUACCAGAAUCUUCAAAUUAGUUCAUAUGCUCUGUCUAAUACUAAAUUCACAGUUGUUCCUUGGUGAAAGUGAAGACUAUAAUAUACAUGAUACACAUAAAACACGCAAAUUGGGGCAUCAACAACCUGACUAUACCUUAACAAGAAAAAAUGCUGUGCUUUGUUGGUAUCAAACAAUUUUCUUUAUUGAAUUUAAAGGAAACCUAAAUCAAGAUGAACAACUAUAUGGAGGUGUAGGACAACUUCAUGAACGUUUUCUAUCAAUGUUUGAAGCACAGCCAACAAGAUCAUUUGGGUUCUCUAUUCUUACAGAUUUUGAUCAAGGGUUUAUUUUGUUUAAAGCAAUAAAAAAUGAUAAUGGUUUGACAUUUUUGAGAUCGGAGAUUGAACAAAUGGAUGUGGGUCGCAUGAUUUUAUACUGUCUUUUUAGAGCUUUCCCUUCACAACUUGGUAGUAAUCACCUGUUUAAUAUGCCACCUUUUAUUAGUAUUCAUAAUAUCAUAAUAAAGGAUCUACAUAUCAUAAGAUAUAAUUCAAGAUCAAAACCAAUGAUUCUUAAAGGCAUUAUAGAUUCAUAUGGCAGUGAUGUUGUAGCUAAAAUUGGGAGAAAGGAAAGAUUAACACAUGAAUACAAUGUCUUAAAAUUUAUCAAUGAAAGUAUUUCAAAAGGUGAGAUGGGAAUACCACCAGUAAUAGACUAUGGAGAUGUCAUAUUGGAAAACCAGAAUUAUUAUGCAAUUGUAAUACCUUUCUAUCAGAAAUGUUUAGCAGAUCUGCUACCAGAAGAGGCACUUUCCAUUCAUAAUGCUAUAAAAGAUAUAGCCCGAUUUUUAGAGUUAGUUAAAAAUAUAGGUUAUUGUCAUCGAGAUGUGACUCCCAUGAAUAUUUACAUUGAUGAAAAUGGUCAUGGUAUCAUUGCUGAUUGGGGAAUUUCAAUUAGAACAAAUACAACAGUAUCAAAUGGCAGUAUGACCAGAUUUUUUGCAUCAAAUAAUUAUCUUGAUGCUGCUUACAGAGAUGAACA